CGCGCGCGGGGGAGGGGCGCGGAGCUGAGGCGAGCGGGGUGCGCGCGCGGCUGCGCAGGCACGGAGCGCGGCGCGGGAGGGCCGGCCAGGGCAGGUGGAGGCCGCUGUAACCGCUGCGGGAGAUGCCGCCGCCUUCACUGUGAAGAAUGCAAGACCUAAGAGCUCAGGUAACGAGCAGUCUGCUGCAGUUUCCUGAGGUGACUAUUCAGGCUCUUGGGGAGGAUGAGAUAACCCUUGAUUCUGUGCUGCGGGGAAAGUUUUCUGGAGGGAGAAAUGGCCUGGCGUGGUUGGCAUGCGGUCCUCAGCUUGAGGUGGUGAACUCUGUGACAGGAGAGAGGCUCUCUGCAUAUCGUUUCAGUGGAGUAAACGAGCAGCCUCCCACUGUUCGUGUGGUGAAGGAGUUUUCCUGGCAGAAGAGGACUGGGCUCUUGGUUGGAUUGGAAGAAGCAGAAGGAAGUGUUCUCUGUCUAUAUGACCUUGGAAUAUCAAGAGUGGUUAAAGCAGUUGUUCUUCCAGGAAGGGUAACUGCUAUAGAACCCAUAAUUAAUCAUGGAGGAGCCAGUGUGAGCACUCAGCACCUACACCAGAGUCUGCGAUGGCUCUUCGGAGUGGCAGCAGUGGUUACAGAUGUUGGACAUGUACUUCUGGUUGACCUUUGUUUGGAUGAUUUAUCUUGCAGUCAGAAUGAAGUAGAAGCAUCGGACCUAGAAGUUGUCACUGGAAUUCCCGCUGAAGUCCCACAAAGAAGAGAAGCUGUGACCAGAGAGGGGCGACAUCUGUGUUUUCAAGUACAAAAUCCUUCAGGAACAGCAAUAACAACCCUGUGCUACAUAAGCAGAAGCAAUCUGCUUGUUGUGGGUUUUUCAGAUGGCUACCUGUCACUAUGGAAUAUGAAAACUUUGAAGCGAGAGUACCACUCACAACUUGAAGGAGGAAGGAUUCCUGUCUAUGCUGUUACUUUCCAGGAACCUGAAAAUGAUCCUCGCAAUUGUUGCUACUUAUGGGCUGUUCAAUCUACGCAAGAAAGUGAAGGUGAUGUUUUGAGUUUACAUCUGUUGCAGUUGGCAUUUGGUGACAGGAAACGCUUGGCAUCAGGACAGGUCAUGUAUGAGGGUUUUGAAUACUGUGAUGAAAGAUACAGUUUAGAUCUCACGGGUGGAGCCUUUCCCUUGAGAGGACAGACCAGCAAUACUAAAUUACUCAGCUGUCAGACCGUAGAAAAAUUUCGCAACCAUGUUGACAGAGAGGACAGUGUUAACGAAGUAAUAUCUCCUGACACCAGUGUAUCAAUCUUCAGCUGGCAAGUGAAUACAUAUGGUCAGGGAAAGCCGUCUACUUAUUUGGGUGUGUUUGACAUUAACCGCUGGUAUCAUGCUCAAAUGCCAGAUUCACUAAGGCCAGAAGAAUUCCUUCAUAAUUGCCCCUAUUUUGCUUUAUGGUCUCUGGAUGCUGUAACAAGUGUGACUUCUCCAAACCUCAUUUUGGAUGUUCUGGUACAUGAGCGGAGUUUAAGUCGUGGAGUUCCUCCUUCUUACCCACCGCCUGAACAGUUCUUUAAUCCAAGCACCUAUAAUUUUGAUGGUACGUGCUUGCUGAACUCUGGAGUAGUUCACAUGACUUGCACUGGCUUCCAGAAGGAGACCUUGAAUUUUUUAAAGAAGUCUGGUCCUUCAAUAAGUGAAGCCAUCUGUGAUAGCUACAAUAGGUGUCUUGUAGCUGGCUUGCUGUCUCCAAGACUAGUUGAUGUCCAGCCAUCAAGUUUGAGUCAGGAGGAGCAGUUAGAAGCUGUAUUGUCAGCUGCUGUUCAGACAAGUUCUUUAGAACUUCUGACUGGAUGCAUUAAACAUUGGACAUCUGAAGAGCAGCCAAGUUCUGCUGCCAGUUUACGGUUUGUUCUUGAGUGGACGUGGAAUAAAGUGAUCUAUACAAAAGAUGAAUUUGACCAAAUCUGUGUUCCGCUGUUCGAUGGCUCUUGCAACUUCAUCGAUCCACAAACAAUACAGUCUCUUCAGCACUGCCAGUUACUUUUGAGCAACCUUAGCACAGUCUUAAACUGUUUUCUCACAGAAGCACAAGAGCUUACUGAAAAAGGAGUUACAGAUUUGACAAAUAAGCAGGUGGUAACUAGCCUCAUUUCUUUGUAUGCCCAAGUGGUCAUCUGGUUCUGUCGAUCCAGUCUCCUACCAGAGGGCUUGGAUGAUGAUAUGCAUUUGUCUAGACCUUUCUACAAUUAUCCUCUGAUUCAGAGCUACUAUACCAGUCAUCGACAGAAACUUGAGCGCUUAUCAAGAGGAAAAUGGGAUUCUGACUGCUUGAUGAUAGAUGGAAUGGUUUCCCAGUUAGGAGAACAAGCUGAGAAAUUGUGGCGGAGGGAUGAAGGAGGAACUGGGAAAUACCCACCUGCUAGUUUACAUGCACUGCUGGAUCUCUACUUAUUAGAAAACAUUGAAGAAAACUACAAGCAUGCAAUUACAAUUUACUUACUGCUAGAUAUCAUGCAUUCCUUUCCAAAUAAAACAGAAACUUCAAUUGACUCCUUCCCAACCGUUUUUGCUAUCCCCUGGGGUCUUGUAAAGCUUAUUCAAGGCUUUUGGCUUCUGGAUCACAAUGAUUAUGAAAAUUCAUUGGCCCUUCUCUUUCAUCCAGCUACAAUCAAAACUGUGCCAUGGCAACAUAUGAGGAUUAUUCAAUCCCUGAUGUGCCAAGGAGAGCAUAGGCGAGCCCUCAGAUACAUGCAGAUGAUGAAGCCAGCAGUGUCAAGCAGUAGUGAAGUGCAGCUUUUCCUCACUGUGUUAUUGUCCAAUAGGUGCAUGGUGGAGGCUUGGAGCCUAUUGCAGCAACAUUCCACUAAGUUAAAUGUAGAAGAGCUGUUAAAACACAUGUAUGAAAUCUGUCAGGAGAUGGGACUAAUGGAAGAUUUAUUGAAGCUACCUUUCACAGACACUGAACAAGAGUGUUUGGAGAAGUUCUUACAGACCAAUGGCGGUGUUCAGAAUCAUGAAUUUCUUUUAGUCCACCAUCUGCAGCGUGCCAACUAUAUUCCAGCGCUGCAGUUGAAUCAUUCAAUGAAGGUCAAUCUUAUGAAUGAUCGUGAUCCUCGCUUGAGAGAGAGAGCAGUUGCCAGAAAUUCUAUAUUAGAUCAAUACGGCAAGAUCCUUCCUAGAGUUCAAAGGAAGCUGGCUUUAGAGAGAGCUAAACCUUACCGUUUGCCUUCAUCGGUCUUCAGAGAAGUCUCAAGACCAAAGCCAUUAUCAACAGUAGCAAAACAAGCAAAUGCAGGAAAUGUGCAUACAAGAGCAACUUUCAUCAGUAAUGUAUUAUCCAAAAUUGGGGAAGUAUGGGUAGGAAAUGAGCAGAAAAACAGUUUCUCACAAUGUGAUAGUCCCAGAGUUGCAGAACCACCAGUCAUAACACAUCCUCUCCCUGAUGCAGAGUUGCCUGAUGCGUUUGUUGGGACACCAAUUACAAAAUUUUCACGAAAAUGUUCCAGAUUGCUGGAUUUGGUGGUUCGUCCUGUUCCUUCAUGUUCUCCAGCGCAGAAUGAUAGCUGGCAGUCACCAUGCCUAGCUUCUACUUCACACAUGGCAUCCAGCUCAUUGAAAUCUAGCAUACAUGGUUCCAGCUCACAAAAAAAACUUUCAAGAGCAUCAGAGCUGAAUUUACUGGAGACUCCUCUUGUGGUUAAGAGAGCUAAAGUUUUGGUGACGUCUUCUUCUGCUUCUGGUUUUGCUGGAUUCACUCCUCAGUCUAUUCUCAGAUCCAGCCUUCGCACCACACCCCUAGCAACUCCCUCAGCAUCUCCAGGACGAUCAGUUACUCCUCCCCUACGAGCAAAGGAACCUAGAAUAUCUUUCAGGGAAGUGAGCUCUAAUGCAAAAUGGACUGUUGGGGUAAGAGAAGAUGAUAAAGCUCAGUCUGGAUCUUCAUCUAAGCAUUGUCAUGGAUUGGUGGAGGACGAUUGGUCUGAAAGUAGAGAUAAAGCAUCCCUAUUUACUCUGAGCAAUCCUGAGGAUGAUUGUGCUGAAAUGGAAGAGUCUUUAGAAAGCAUUCCCAGAGACGGUCUGGAGAAAAUGGAUGUCAGUAAAGAAAAUAGUAACAUCUCUGUAAAGUCAGACCAAACUACUUUGGAGUAUCAUGAUGCAAAAUCACCUAGUGACUUUGAAGAUGAUGUCAUUUUUAUAGCUGCUAAACCAGCUAGUUCUUUCACUGAAGAAUCCGCUGAUUUUCAAGAACCAGAAAAAGAGAACAAUGAAAUAACCGAAGAUAAACUUUUCCAGGUGGAACAAACAGAUUCAUCAGAACUAGGAAAAGAAGCUGCAUUUUUGGAAGAAACAACUCCUGAAUGUCCUACCCUUCCCAAGGAUGGUAAAUUGGUGUUUAAAGCUGCUGAGGCUGUUACUUCUUGGACUUCAAGAGAAGAUGAAACAACCCACGAGGAGCCUAAAAUGUCCUCUACAUCAGAAGAAAAAGACCCACUGACUAUAACAAAUCCACAGCUUUCUGAAUCCCCAGAGGCUGACAGUGAAUCUGUGAUAAGCCUCCUCGACAGUGAGGAUGUGGUCAGUACGCAUUCAGAAAGUCACCCUGAAGAAAAGCGUAUUGAUUUACCUGAAGAGUGUAACCUGGAAAAUAAAGUUGAAGAGAAUGCUCCUUUUUCACAAGAGGAAAUACAUGUUUCUAACAGUCUUCCUAAAACUGAAGAAAUUAAUGUUCUUGAAGAAGUUGCAGUCAAGGCACAAGCCUCAGAAGAAGUACCUGAAACAUCUCUAUGUAGUGAACUACAUCCAUCAGGCAAUCUUCAAUACAACUAUGAUACUAUAGAGCAACAGUUUGCAUAUGAUUUGCCUGAUAAUAAAGAUGGUGAAUGCUAUGCAGUUGAAGGAGAUGGAGAACUUUUUAUAUCUCAGAGUAAUUUUACUUUAGUGUUGGAGGGAGAGGAAGGUGAAGGGGAGAUGGGUGACCUUGCAUUAGCAGACGCUUCUAAAGCAGCUGUUACAGCAACAGAUGAAAAACCUCUGAACAGUUUAGGAAAUACUGAAAAUGAAGAACAUGUUACAAAUUCAGUGUCUACUGUAACUAGUGACCAGGAGUCUCAAAAUAUUGCAGAGUCACUCCCAUAUGUGCCUGAACCCAUUAAGGUAGCUAUUGCUGAGAACUUACUGGACGUAAUCAAGGACACAAGAAGUAAAGAAUUUACAUCUGAAGUUGUAGAACAGUCUAUUCAUGAAAGCAUAGGCAAAAAGGUUACUAGAUUUCGGAAGUCAAAAACUCCCUUAACAACUGUGCCAGAAGGAGCAGAUGAUGAAACGAGCAUACAUCAAGUAGAGUAUGUUGUCACUCCUAGAACACGUGCAAGGAGACAACUGAGUAGAACUCUAAUUAUUCCAUCUGCAGAUGAUCAGCAAGUAUUGAAGACAGACAAACCGAUUCUGUUUGGAGUGUCUCCUAGAAGAAGUACCAGGCAAACAAAAGAGGCACCUGUGACUUCUAGUCUUGUGACAGUAGAAAAUACUGCAGAUGAGCAAAUACCUGCAAGCCCUGCUACCCCUAGGAGAAGAGGUAGGAAGCCCAAACAGGCUGGUUUAGAAAAAGUAGAAAGCAGCCAAUCUGAUGGGCAAACAUUGUCUAGCAGUACACAGUCCAUAGGUAUUACUCCAAGACGAUUAAGGAGAGCAAAGGAAGCUACGUCUGAACUCUUGGAAGAUGCUAAUGAGGAAAUGUCUCUUGCUGAAGGUAGCAUUAUUGCUUCUACUACUUCCAGAAGGACUAGAGGAGGAAAAAGCUCAGCAGGAGAUCGAGAAACUGGCCAGAGUAGCACUGAUCAUAGGAUAAAGAUGGCAGUCAGUCCCAGUAGAAGUGCAAGAAAAUUAAAAAGCAGUAGUUCACCACUUGCUAAAAAUACUACUGUGGAUCAAGAGCUACCACCUAGUGACCAGCUUCUUUUACCUGGGCCGACUAGAAGAGGCAGAAGAAGAAAAAUGAGUUCCUCAGAUGUUUCUGAAAAUUCUGACCUUGAUCUGUCAAAAUCAUCACUUCCUCAAACAGAGCUGAAUCUUCCUGUUACUCCUAGAAGAAGUGCUAGAAAGGGAGCACAGCAUCUCUCUGCACACAUGGAAUCCGUCUCUGCUCAGGAAGGCCUGCCUUCAGGUGGGGAAGUGGAAAUCCUUGAUACUCCUAGAAGAAGAACAAGGAAAGUUGCACGUGCUAAACCAGAAAAAACAGAUACUAUUGAAAGAACACCUGAGCAGCCAAAUGAACAGUCAACCACACCCAGGACUGCAGUAAGGUCAGGGCGUCGGGGCAGAAAGAGACAAUUACCAUCAAUAUUGGAGGAGAACGCAGGGGAAGAAGUCUUCCCAGAAGGACCUGAUGGCAGUCCUUUACUGCUUACAGACAUAAACACAUCAGGAUGUGAUGAAACAUCAAGAACUUUAACAGAUCGUGUUAGAAGAAACAGAUCCCGUAAAACUAGCAUGCAUCAGGACCUGCCUGUUGAGGAAAAUGAAUCCUUUCUUUUCUCUCCUCCUCUCACAAAGCUGACAAAGAAAUUCAAAGCUGGAAAAGCAGACCAACAUGUGCAGGAUUUAGACCCAGACUUGUCUUCUCAAUUUGUCUUUUCACCUCCUCUUUUGAGGUCAAGGAGGAAAGAUGUGUCUAGUACUCCCCAAACUGUGGAAGAACCGGCGCUUCCAGCUAAAGAAGAGGAGGAUAUCAAAUCCAUAGAAUCUGUGGGAAAGCAAAAAUUGAAGAGAGGAAGACCUGCAAAAUCAAAAGUGAAGAAAGCAAGCAGAACCACAAGAAAAGAAGAUUCUUGGUCACCUCCACCAGUGGAAAUAAAGUUCAUUUCUCCUUUUGGAAGUCCAGUGGAUGAAAUGAAAAGCAAACAGAAAGAAACCACAGAUGCGACAGAGAAAACUGUACGAAAGAACAAAAAAAGACUGUCUAAUUUUCCAAAGCCAGUUGUGCGCCGGAAGAUGCUGUAACUGUUUUUUAAGUUUGUAAUGUACACCACUGUUUGUAAAGUCAUCAAAAUUGUGUGGAUUAGUAAAAAGAAAAAUAAUCAUCUAAUUUGGAAGAGAUAAUUUAUAUAAAUUAUUGUAAAAUUUCAUAAACAAAUGGUCUUCAAUAAGUAACUCCAUAUGGAGUAUGAUUUCCUCAGUCAAUGCAGUUUUCUAUUUUAUAUUAAGACUUCAUACAUUUAUAUAAUAUGUAAAUACAACCUAUUUUAGGAAUGUUAAAUAAAAAUGUAUACUUCACAAUAUGCUUACUGUCUGAUAGCUUUUUGAGGGAAUAGUGGGUUAAAUAGCCUGUAUUGUUCAGAAAUUUUAAUGUUGGUUUACAAGAGUUGGUGAUGCUCAAAAGUGAGGCCAAAAGUUUUAAAAAGUUUGUUUAGAACUACUGUACCAAGUAAACAUUUAAAACAUACUAGUUUACAUUUUUAUAGAUGAUGUUUGACCUUCUUGAACAAAUGAUUGGGUUCCCAAAUACAAAAUGUUAAUUCCUCAUGUUCAUGGUUAAGUUGUACUGUAUUGAAGUCAAAAUGUAAACAACUGUAUUUUAAGCUGUGCAAUAUUUUUUUGUAUUUGUCUUAAAGUCUGGGAAAGCUGCUCUUUCGUUUAUAAAACCAGAUCACAUCUCAGAUGUUUUGCUAUUUUUUACAAUUUGUUGUCAGCAAAAAAACUAUAUAGAAGAGUUGAUGCUUACAAUAGCGUAUCAAAUUUAGAGGGAUAUUGCCCACACAAUUUUGGCACAAAUUUCAAAAUAUUUUCAUAAGACUAAUACAAAAGCAACUAUACUUGAAAUAGUUACUGUCUAAACAUUUUGCAGUAUUUGAAGCCUGCAUACCACAGCACUGAAGGUACAAAAAUGUACAGAAAUCACAAACCGUAUUUUUGAAUAAUGAUCUCAUUAUCAACCUUGGGCUACAGAGUAAAUGUCCCUAUGAGGUUUCAGUUUGUAAGAAUAGAUGAAAAAGACUAUUCUUUUAAAAGUAGACAUGGAAGUACUAUUUUGAUGUGCGGUCUUUUAGACAAUGGAUUAUUUUUAUGUAUGUUAAUUUAUAUAUGGAUGCAACUUUGAAGACUACAGAAUGGUGGAACCUGACAUUAAACUUUUUGAUUAGUAAAAACUA